AUGGUUCAAUUUCACGAGCACAUAAUCACAGACCUUUUAGAGGAUCCUACCGGCGGACUUGUAAUUCUCUCCUCUGGUCUUUCCCUCUCCAAACUCCUUUCCUCUGUUCUCCUCCUCCACCAUCCUUCUCAAGGUACUCUCCUCAUUCUCUCCCCUUCCCCUUCUCUCAAAUCCCAAAUCCUCCACCACCUCAAAAGCCACCAAAAUUACUCUCCGGAGAACCACCAAAUCGUCGAAAUCACGGCCGAUCUUCCCGCUCACUGCCGUCUCUCACUCUACUCUUCUGGUCAAAUUUGUUUCGUUACUGCUAGAAUCCUCAUUGUCGACCUUCUCACUAAUAGAAUACCUGUCACUAGCCUAUCAGGAUUGGUUCUUCUCAAUGUUCAUGCUCUCUCCGAAACUUCAACGGAAGCUUUCAUUGCACGGAUUAUUAAAACCCUAAGUCAGUCUGUUUACAUUCGUGCCUUCACUGACAAGCCUCAUGCUAUGGUGGCUGGGUUUGCAAAGACGGAAAGGAUAAUGAAGUCUCUUUAUAUAAAAAAAUUGCAUCUUUGGCCGAGGUUUCAGGUUUAUGUAUCGGAGGAGCUGGAGAGGAUGGCGCCGGAGGUGAUUGACGUGAGAGUGCCGAUGACAAAGUAUAUGAUGGGGAUACAGAAGGCAAUUAUUGAGGUUAUGGAUGCGUGUUUGAAGGAGAUGAGGAAGACUAACAAGGUUGAUGUUGAGGAUUUGACAGUGGAGAAUGGGUUGUUCAAGUCUUUUGACGAGAUUGUGAGGAGGCAAUUGGAUCCUAUUUGGCAUAUCUUGGGGAAGAAGACUAAGCAGCUGGUAUCAGAUUUGAAGACCUUGAGAAAGUUGCUGGAUUAUCUUGUUAGGUAUGAUGCAGUAAGUUAUUUGAAAUAUUUGGAUACACUUAGAGUGUCGGAGAGUUUUCGCUCUGUUUGGAUAUUUGCAGAGUCCAGCUUUAAGAUAUUUGACUAUGCAAAGAAGCGUGUCUAUCAUUUGGCAAGAUCAAAUAAUUCAAAAAUUAAUGGGUUGAGUAAGAGCACUACUGGCAAAAAACGAAAAUUGAAGAGGGGUGAUGAUAAUGAGGAAGCCGUAGUUGAUGAUACUUUAUCUACCAGCACAAAUAGUGGAGUUAUAUUGGAGGAGGUUUUGGAGGCAGCACCAAAAUGGAAGGUGUUACGUGAAAUUCUUGAAGAGAUAGAGGAAGAAAGACAAAAGCCAGCAUUAUCGAGAGAAGACGAUCUGGUUGAAAGUGGAGGUGUUGACAGUGGCAUUGUGCUAGUGGCAUGCAAAGAUGAACGGUCAUGCAUGCAGCUUGAAGAUUGCAUCAUGAAUGGCCCCCAGAAGGUUUUGCGAGAAGAAUGGGAGAAGUAUUUGUUGAGCAAAGUAGAAUUGCGUGGUUUGCAAAUACCUCAGAAAAGAAAACCUAAGCCAAGGGAAUCGAAGGGAUUUGGCAUUCUUGAUGGAGUUGUUCCUGUAACUGCUGUUCAGAAUGCAGAGUCUAGCAGCACAAACAAACAGGAACAUGAUGCUCUCCUAGCAGCAGCAUCAGAAAUAAGAAAUCAGCAUAGAAAGGUUGCCGUUACUGAAGAUGGACCACAGGUUCUUGUCAACAGCACAAGUCAAAGAGGAAGGGGAAAAGGAUGUAAUAAAAGAGGCCGAGCUACUACUAGAAAUUCUAGAAAUAAAGAUGACGGUGUCAAUAAUAAAGUGGCCACAAGUGAUAAACCUGAAAUAUCUAGUUCAGAGCAUGAAGACCAAUCAGCUAAUAAUGAUCAACCUAUUGAAGGCAGUUAUCAGGAAGGAAACUCAAAAGAUGCAUAUACAGAAGAGGGGUUUCUUCGGCGGCAUGCUCAUCAGUCUGAUUCUUCACGUAGCAAAGGAAAGCAAAUACCUCCAGUUCACUUUUAUGCUCAAGAAAGUGAUCAGCCUAUACUUGACAUUUUGAAGCCCUCUGUAAUUAUUGUGUACCAUCCAGACAUGACAUUUGUUCGAGAAAUUGAAGUCUAUAAAGCUGAAAAUUCCUCAAAAAAGUUGAAAGUUUAUUUCCUUUUCUAUGAAGAUUCUACUGAGGUCCAAAAGUUUGAGGCAAGCAUACGAAGGGAGAAUGGAGCAUUUGAAUCCUUGAUUCGGCAGAAGUCAUUGAUGAUGAUACCAGUUGAUCAGAAUGCAAAUUGCAUGGGAUUGAAUUAUCCUAUGGAGUCACAGCCUUCUAGUUCCCAAAAUUCAAUAACCAGAAAGGCUGGUGGAAGAAAGGAAGUAGAGAAAGAAAUUCAGGUCAUAGUGGACAUGAGGGAAUUCAUGAGCAGCCUUCCAAAUGUUCUCCACCAGAAAGGGAUGCGUAUCAUACCAGUGACCUUGGAAGUUGGUGAUUACAUCCUUUCUCCAUUAAUAUGCGUGGAGAGAAAGAGCAUACAAGAUCUUUUUAUGAGCUUCACAUCAGGACGUCUUUACCACCAAGUUGAAACAAUGGUCCGCUAUUACAGAAUGCCUGUCCUUCUGAUAGAAUUUUCACAGGAAAAAAGCUUUUCAUUUCAGUCAGCAAGUGACAUAGGUGAUGAUGUCACACCAAAUAGUAUCAUAUCCAAGCUGUCAUUGCUUGUUAUGCACUUUCCCCGUUUGCGAAUCAUCUGGUCUCGUAGUUUGCAUGCUACUGCUGAAAUAUUUGCUUCACUGAAGUCAAAUCAGGAUGAACCUGAUGAGGUCAAGGCAAUAAGAAUUGGUGUCCCAUCAGAAGAGGGUAUUGUGGAAGAUGAUGUGAGAGCUGAGAACUACAAUACAUCUGCAGUUGAGUUUUUGAGACGACUCCCAGGGGUUACAGAUUCCAACUAUCGGGCGAUAAUGGAUGGAUGUAAAAGCUUAGCUGAACUUGCCCUUCUUCCUAUAGAGAGGCUAACUGAACUAAUGGGCGGUCAGAAGGCUGCACGAACCCUGAGAGACUUCCUCGAUGCAAAGUAUCCAACCUUGUUAUAAUGUUAUUUGAUAUCAUUCCAGUGGUACAGAUACAGAAGCUGGAUUGCCUAUCUAGCGGUUUGUGCCAACUAUGGCAGAAACUAUGCAUUUGUGUGACCUUUAUGGUUGCUGUAGAAAUGGUCAUUAGGUUAGAUUUGACUUUUCAUUGUUGUAUUGUUUAUUAAUUCAUUUUAUGAUUUUUCAAUUAAGAAGAAUUUCAUUGUAUUUUUUCCAGAUGAGCACAAUAUUAAGCAAUUUUCAGCAAC